UAAGCCACAAUCCGAUUGCUACUACAUAGUCUUUGUGUUCACUGCUAAGGCCUGAAGACCUUUCGGUUUCAAUGACUGAAUAUCGACGGACUACGCCACGGUCAUAUACUGGUCAUGUGUGUGAGGAAUAGACGUCUACAGAGUAAGACGUGUGUCGUAUAUAGUGAUGGGAAGUAAAGCUGGAUUCGUCGGCCUCAUUUUAUUAUAUCUUGAUUUCAAGGGUAUUCCUCUCCAUCUGCUGACGUCAUCAAUGUGCUGUCCAUACCCGACGUUGUAGUUCACCAUGCUGUGUAGCCGUUCGCUGAGGUUUUCGAAAAACACAUGGAGGCUGACCUCAAUGAUAGUUAUCGCUGGCUUGCUUUACAUUGGAGUUGUGAAGUCGUACUCGUUGUUUUGUGAGGAACGUACGUGCUAUGGGUUGUUUUUCUCGUUUAUAAAAUCGCCUGUUAAAAAUGAAGGGGAAGUCAACGAUUCUACAUUAUAUACUAUAUUGAAUAAUUCUAGUACACAAAUAAACAACACUUACAAUGUCACUGACCGUGAAAUCCGCAUACAUUACUUUAAUCCUAACCAGUGGACUGGUCCCGAUACCUUUAACAAGUGUUCCCACAAAUGUUCUAUAACGUUUGGACGUGAUUUUAAGGAUUAUUCCUCUAGCCAAUUCGUGAUAUUUGAUGGAAGCUCAACACUUCCUAAUAACCCCCCUCGAAAACCAGCAGGUCAAAUAUGGAUACAUUAUGGCAUGGAACCGCCAUUUCUUCAGCCUAGAUUACAGAAUUGGAGACGUAAGAUUAACUGGACAAUUUCCUAUAGAAGAGAUGCAGAUUUCACUCAUGUGUAUGGUACAAUGGUAUUUAAAGAAGUAAAAGAGACAGAAAGAGUCAGCCUCAAGAGUAAAUGGGAAGAGAAAACGCAAGGUAAUGCUUGGUUUGUGUCUCAUCCAAACGUACCGAGCAGACGAGACCAAUACGCAAAGAUCUUGCAUGACAACAUCAAUGUGGACAUUUACUCGAGAACGGGGCCAAAGAUGUGUCCUACGAAUAAAAUAAAAGAUUGUGAGAAGUUAUUAAGUGACAAAUAUAAAUUUUAUCUUUCGUUUGAGAACUCUUUAUGUCGCGAUUACGUCACAGAAAAAUGUUUUAAGAUAUAUGCGUCCCAAGUUGACGUCAUUCCUGUCGUUCGAGGUGUGACGGAUUAUUCUGUGUUUGUCCCUCCGAAUUCCUACAUAGACACAAUCAAAUUCAACAACAUUGCAAGUCUAGCGGCAUUCCAGAUGGAGCUUGCUAGUAAUCAAACUGCAUUUGAAAAUUAUUUCCAAUGGAGAAAAUAUUACUAUAAUGAACCAACUGGUAGCCGGGCCUUCUGUCAGCUGUGUGCUGAAGCCCAUAGAAUUCCACUCAAACGCAGACUGUACGAUAAUCUGGACACGUGGGUACACGGGGACCAGAAUAACCCUAUGUGUCGUGAGGUUUCCGACAUCAAAUAAAUAUCCGAAGGACGUUUGUCAUUUGUUACUUUGUUCGUGUUUGAUAUCCUGAUAUAGAUAUAUAGAAGUAUUAUGAUUUAAAUUAAACGUGGAUAUUUUCAUUUGAGAAAACAAGAAAUGAUACAUGUACGUAAGCUGAAUAUGCAUCAUAAUUCGACAGGGUAUCCAGUGAAUUCGCCCUGGAAAUAUUAUUUCUGGGUCGACAGCAAAAGCUGUAGACUCUAAUGUGUAUUUUGCAACAAAAUGGCAUGCAGCAUACUUGUAACGGAGUCAGAACCCGAUUGUAAAGACAUAGUUGCAGGAAUGUUAAAUACAUUGUAUAAACGAAACUUAUUUGGAGCGUCCAUUAAGGGAACGUGAAUAACAAUAAUAAUCCGUCAAGCAUCAAUUAAAAUGAUACAAGUUAAAUGUUUUGGUAGCAUUGCCAAAGGUUUGUAUUUGGAUCUUUAGGUAGUGCAAGUGUACGUGGGAGUAAGUUUUGAAUGCCUAACGGUGUUUGUCUAAGUUGAGAUGGUGAAAUUGUGCUCGGAGAUAGAUGAUUCAAUGAAAGCAUAUUCAGUCUAAGUUUUAGAUUUGGCAUGCGAUAAUUGCUUCUUCCAAAAUUAAUCUGAAAUGAGAUAUAAAAAGCCAAAGUCAUCAUCAAGUAGUAAUAGUUUGAUGAUAUUUUGUGUAAAAUGUCAGUUUCAUGAUAAACAAUAUCUUUAAAUAUUCCAAAGGAAUCAAUCAAGGAGUUUAUUUCUUGGUGGUUGGCCUUGGUAUCAAAUCGUGUUGCAUUUAGUAUGAAUACAUAUUCUUCUGUG